AUGCAAGAUGGCUUUCAGUUCGUCGGACGCGUCCCUUAUCCAAUAACCGAGCCGAAGCACCUAGUCGUGGCUAGCGAAGUCGCAACGAUGGAUUUUCUCCGCUUGCACGGCAUACCUGUCCCUAAGAUCUACAGCUACUCGGCCACAUCUGAGAACUCUGCUGGCACCGAAUACCUUUUCAUGGACCUAGUUCGCGGAACGAACUUGGGCGAGGUCUGGUAUGACCUGUCUGAGAAGGCUAGAAUUACCGUUGUCACUAAACUGGUGGAGUUAGAGUCUCGACUAUUUGCACUUCCGUUUCCGGCAAGCGGCAGCCUGUACUAUACCAAGGAUCUGCCGGCGGACUCCAACAAGGUUGACAUUUCUAUCGCCGAUCCUGCACGCAGUAGUUGCUUUUGCAUUGGUCCUGACACAAGACUUGUCCUGUGGUAUGGAAAAAGACUCGGCAUCCAGAUUGAUCGUGGACCAUACAUCGAUGCAGCGGCGGCUCUUGCAGCUGGGGCUAUGAAGGAGAUUGCAUAUUUGAUAAGAUUCGGCAAACCGCUUCAUCCUUUCCAACGUCUCCGCCGAGAGAUUUACAACUAUCAGAAGCAAUCGCCAUCCGAGCAUCUAGACAGCCUAGAUAAAUACCUGCGGAUCGCACCUUAUCUCAUACCGAACGGCAACCGCACCCUUAUCCGCCCAACGUUAAGGCACCCUGAUCUCCAGCCCAAUAACGUAUUCAUCUCCGAUGCACUCGAUAUCACUGGCUUAAUCGACUGGCAACACUGCGCAAUACUCCCGCUCUUUUUGCAAUGCGGAAUUCCAAACAGCCUCCAGAAUUACGGCGACGGUGUCUCAGAAUCGCUGAUACCCCCUGAAUUACCUCACAAUUUCGACGAGCUGAGCGAAAGCGAACAAUUCGAGCAAGUCUUGCUCCUACGUCGGCGUCAACUUCACUACUUCUAUGUCGCAGCAACUGCUAAGCUUAACUCGACGCACUAUGACGCCCUAACCCACGACCUCGGCAUUUUAAGGCGCAAACUCUUUGAUCACGCGAGCUCCCCCUGGGAAGGCGAUAAUGUGACUCUCAAAGCCGACUUGAUCGAUUUGACGAAGAACUGGUCCAACAUCGCCACUUUAGGCUCGAGCACAAGCGACAAUGUGCGCCCCCCUUGCCCGAUCGCCUUCUCGGAAGAGGAGGUGAGCGAGUGUCUGCGCCUGAAUGCUGCGCAGGCCGAGGCAGACGAGCAGCUCCAGGCCUGUAGGGAUGCUAUCGGCAUUGGGCCCGAGGGAUGGGUGCCCCUAGAACAGUAUAAUGAGAUAAAGCAACGCGAAAAUAAGCUGAAAGCUGAUGCGCUUGAGGCAGCUGAGUCUGAGGAGGAACGGCUGAGAAUAUGCGAGCAUUGGAUAUUCGAUGACUUUGAUGAGGAGGAGUACUCGUAG